UCCUCUGUGACCAGGGUCUUUCUCUGUCCCUAGAUUCCCAUACCGAUUGUGCCUACGUUCCAGCCCUCCACGCCUGUCCCUGAGCGCCUGGAAGCCGUGCAGCGCUACAUCAGGGAGCUGCAGUACAAUCACACAGGGACCCAGUUCUUUGAAAUUAAGAAGAGCAGACCCCUCACAGGGCUGAUGGACCUGGCCAAGGAAAUGACCAAAGAGGCUCUGCCAAUCAAAUGCCUGGAAGCCGUGAUCCUGGGAAUUUACCUCACCAACAGCAUGCCCACCCUGGAACGCUUCCCCAUCAGCUUCAAGAGCUACUUCUCAGGGAACUACUUCCGCCACAUUGUGCUGGGGGUGAACUUCGGGGGCCGCUACGGGGCCCUGGGCAUGAGCCGGCGUGAGGACCUGAUGUACAAGCCCCCGGCCUUCCGCACGCUCAGCGACCUAGUGCUGGACUACGAGGCCGCCUACGGCCGCUGCUGGCAUGUGCUGAAGAAAGUGAAGCUGGGCCAGUGCGUGUCCCAUGACCCGCACAGUGUGGAGCAGAUCGAGUGGAAACACUCGGUCCUGGACGUGGACAGGCUGGGCCGUGAGGACUUCCGCAAGGAGCUGGAGCGACAUGCCCGCGACAUGCGGCUCAAGAUUGGCAAAGGGACCGGCCCUCCCUCCCCCACCAAGGACCGGAAGAAGGAUGUGUCUUCCCCACAGCGGAGCCAGUCCAGCCCCCACCGCAGGAACAGCCGCAGUGAAAGGCGGCCUUCGGGUGAGAAGAAGCCUUCCGAGCCCAAAGCCAUGCCAGACCUCAAUGGGUACCAGAUCCGGGUGUGAGGCAGGUGGCAGCGCCCCAGACUCGCCCACUUCUGGGGGCCAGGAUCACCUGCCAGAAGCAGCCUGGCUCAUGGGGAAGGAAGGACUGGUGAUGGGGCAGGUGAGGGCAGCAGGAACAGUGUUCCAGCUCAGCCACCAAGCUGCUGCCCCUCCCACUGGGCCAAGCCUCCUAACAUUGGGCCCCGAGGCAGUUAGUAUUUUAUUUGGAGUUUUUAACUUGACAACUAAAGUUUACGGUAUUUGGGAAAAACUAAAAAUGUAAUGGAUCUGCCAACGGCUGGCAGGCCUAUGCUUAGGAGAACUAACUGCCAUACAGCUGGGUGAGGAGGGGUUGCUGGUUCCCCUGCCCCUGGCGACUCUGGGAUUUGGGUCCAUCCCAUGUAUGGGAAAUCUCCCAGCCCACUAGGCCUGUGGCAAGACGGCAGAGGGGUGGAGGUGUUUCUCCACUUCCACCUGCCCUAGCAGCAUCUUGACACAGGGAAAAGGAAGCAGGGUAGGAAGCAUCCUGGGAGAGGUCUGUGUGAUCCGUAUCAGGAGCUUGACACAAGUGACAUUUUCCCCAAGGGUGGGAGUCCAUGGCCCAGGAGAGCCUUCAUGCCCUUGCAGCCCCAUGAACAGAUGGUGUUGUGUAGACUAGCACGCCCCCUGCUGGGGGAAGAGUUCCCUCUUGCUCAGCCCAGCUCCACCUCUUGCUGAAGCUAUGGAUCCCAGCAGAGGGGCUGGGCUUUGCCAAGGGUCCAGAUUUGCACUGGGCUCAGCAUGAUUAUGGGGCUUAAGCAGAGCUGAUGGGUCCAGGAACUAUGGCUGGGGACAGGGUGGUACACUCAGGCUUGGGUCUGUCCCUUGGAAAUCCCCAGGGGUGGGCACUGCUUCUCCCCACCUUUCUAUUACCUCAGCCCUUGCUGGGGAAGUGAAGACCAGGCCAGAAUGCUUGCGCCCCAGGCCCACCUCCCAUCAUUUAGCAGUCUAUUUAGGUUUGGGGGUCCCAGUGAUGAUCAGGCCUAUUGUCAGGGAAGAACCUGAACAGCCAGAGUCUGCACAGCCUUCCCGUCUGGCAUGAGAGAACUGGCAGGCAGGUGAGAGGUUGUAGAAAGAGGUUGAUGGGGUUGAGGGAAGGUUCUAGAAAUUUAAGCAACAAGGAGGUGUAGGGCAAGGGUGCAUUGUGGCCCCCAAGGAGGGGCAGAGCCUGAGAACUGAGGGGUGUAAGUGACGAAAGGAUGUGGAGGAGAAUAUAGAGUCAGGCUGCCUUGGGGAGUAGUGAGUUCCCUAAUGCUGGAGGUAUUCAAGCAACGACUAGAUGGCUACUUGUCAGGAAGCUGUUGAGAGGAUUCAGGUUAUGGAUGGGUAGCUGGAUGACAGCACCAUUAAGGUUUCUGUUAACUGAGAGGCUAUGAUUCAGCCAGGGGCCGCUGUUAGUAAGGCUGCAGAGGGGCUGGGAGCCUGAAAAAGGGAGGAUCAGAACUAGAGUUGUAACCUCAAAUGCCUUGCAGGGCCAGGCAGGUGAUAAAAAAGAGGACUGCAGGGCUGGAUGGGGACUGUGGCAAACUAAAGAGGGCAUAUACCCCAUUAAAGCAGCUGCUACUGCUCAGAGUGCAGGCUCUGCAUUGCCACAUUUUCUGAUUUUAUCAAGAGGCCAGAACUCUGAAUUUUUAUGUGAAAUAUACUGAAUUUUAAAUGUCGGCAAUCAAUUCAGGAAAUUUUAAAAACCAACAUGAAAGAGAAAGCCUGUUUGCCAUCUCUGAAGUAGAGAGAGCUUGUGCUGGGGAGAAGUCCAGUGACAUGCUUUGAGGUGGGAAGUAUGAAAGUUCUGGGCUUCCCAGGGCAGGCUGGGCCAGGCCAGGGGCCUCGCUGCUCAGGCUCCCGGAGUGGGCAGCCGUCCCAUGAUCAUCUUCCUCACUCUCCCUGCAGACUAGAGACCCUGUGGU